CUUCUCCUACGGAAACAUGAUGCAUUCACUGGUGCUGUGUUUGGCAGCGCUGCUUCACUUUGGUCAUGCCACCACUUACACCAGCGACUGGGCCAUAAGAAUAAGAGGAGACAUGGAGUCUGUAAACAGAGUAGCAGAGAAAUAUGGAUUCACCAAUAUGGGUCAGAUUGGUGAACUGAGGACGUAUUACAUGUUUCAUCACCAGCAGACAGCAAACCGCUCCACGGUCUACAACAAAGAUUUGACGACCAGAGUCACCAAGGAGACUGAGGUGGAAUGGCUCCAACAGCAGGUGGUGAAGGAAAGAGCAAAGAGGAGCUACGUCACUGCAGACAUGAAAACUAGAGGCUUGCCUGCUGCCCACACUAAACCCGUCCACACACAGACGCUGCACUUCAAUGACCCAGUGUGGAGCAGCCUGUGGUAUUUUCACUGCAUUGAAAAGUCCAAAGGCUGCAGGUCUCACAUGAACAUCGCUGCAGCCUGGGAGAGAGGGUAUACGGGGAAGGGCGUGGUGGUGUCCGUCCUCGAUGACGGCAUUGAGAAAGAGCAUCCCGAUCUGAAGCCAAAUUAUGAUCCAGUAGCCAGCUACGAUAUGAAUGGACGAGACCCAGAUCCGUCUCCUCAUUAUUCAAGCUCUGCUGACAACUACCAUGGGACUCGGUGUGCAGGGAUAGUUGCUGCCGCUGCAAAUAACUCUCAGUGCACAGUUGGAGUCUCUUUCAAUGCAAGAAUAGGUGGUGUUCGAAUGCUGGAUGGAGAUGUGACGGACAUCACAGAGGCUCAAUCACUGAGCUUCAGCCCUCACUAUAUUGAUGUAUACUUGUCUAGCUGGGGGCCAGGAGAUGAUGGUGCCACCCUCGAAGGACCUGGGCCUCUGGCUCUCCGUACUUUACAGAACGCUGUAAAAAAUGGUCGAAAUGGGAGGGGCUCGAUUUAUGUCUGGGCUUCAGGAAAUGGAGGGCGGAAUGGUGACCACUGUUCCUGUGAUGGCUACAGCAGCAGUAUAUACACCAUUGCCAUCAGCAGCACUACGUGGCAUGGAAGUCAUCCAGAUUACCUGGAGCAGUGUCCAUCCAUAAUGGCAACAGCUUUCACCGGCGGGGACACAGAGGGCUUGAUAACUCUGGGUCCACGCCACAGCUGCAUGUGGGCUCAGUCAGGCUCCUCCCUCUCCUCCUCCAUGGCUGCAGGUGUCAUCGCUCUCACUUUGGAAGCCAACCCACUCCUAACCUGGAGGGAUGUGCAGCACAUUAUUGUACAAACAUCAAAAGCUCAUUAUCUCGUUGCUCCUGAUUGGCACAUCAAUGGAGCCGGAUACAAAGUGAGCCACCUGUAUGGCUUUGGAUUGCUGGAUGCUGAGGGCAUGGUGAAGGAGGCAGAGCGAUGGAGACACGUUCCCUCCCAGCAUGAGUGUGUGGUGGAGGCUCCCAUCCAGCAGAGCAGAACUAUUCAUCCAGGCCUGGUGCUGACGUCUGUUUAUGAGACCAGGGGCUGCUCUGACGAGCCCCAGCAGCACAUUGUUUAUGUGGAGCAUGUCGUUGUACGUGUUACCAUCACUCACAGUCGCCGUGGUGACCUUUCUAUUACGCUCACUUCACCUUCAGGCACCGUGUCCCAGCUGCUCGCCAACAGGCCUCUUGACAACUCCACAGAGGGAUUUCAGAACUGGAACCUGAUGACGACCCAUUGCUGGGGGGAGCAGGCAGCUGGGAAGUGGAUUUUGAAAAUCAAGGAUACCCCGUCUCAGCAGAGAGUAAAAACAGAACCUGGAAAACUAAAACAGUGGUCGUUGGUGAUUUAUGGCACCGCAGAGAAGCCGUACCCUGUGCAUCGUAAGCAAGUCCGAUCAACUGGCGCGCUGGAGAGUGACCUCACAGAAGAAUAUACUGGACCCUGUGACCCAGAAUGCAGUGAGGAUGGUUGUUUGGGGCCCAGCCCGCAGCAUUGUCUCACGUGCUCACAUUUUUUUCUCCAGUACAAGAACGGCACAAGGUUGUGUGUAUCGGAGUGUCCCAAGGGAUUCUGGGGAGACCGCUGGCGUUGUAAAAGAUGUCCCUCUUCCUGUGAGGUCUGCACCGGCAGCCGUGGUGACCAGUGUACUUCCUGUCAACCUGGUUAUCACCUGACUGAGGGAACCAAUGUCUGCACAGCCUUCUGCGAGGAUAACUACUACCUGGACCAUGAGACAGACGUGUGCAGAAAGUGCAGUGAAAACUGCUUGAAUUGUGUUUCCCACAGCAUCUGCACCGAAUGCAGCCCAGGCACAAGCCUGCAGGGGAACAGGUGCCAGCGGAGCUGCUCAGCUGGAUAUUACCAUGACAAACAGGAAGACGAGUGCAGACCCUGUCACCAGGCCUGUGCUACCUGUGCAGGCGCAGGUGCUGAGGAUUGCAGACAAUGUGCAGAAGGCUACGUGCUGGAGAAGUGGAGGUGUGUGGCCUCCUGCAGUCCCAAUUUCUACGCCGCAGAGCCAAACCCAGAGAUAGCUGCUGAGCACAGGAUAUGUAGGAGGUGUGACACCAGCUGUCUUACCUGUGUGGGGCCGGGCUCCAGGAACUGCAGCAGUUGUUCCAGCGGUCACAGCCUGCAGGAGGGAGAAUGUGUUGUUAACACUUUGUGUGCAGAGGGGGAGUACCAUGAUAGUAAUGGACAAUGCCAGGCAUGUCAUACAACAUGCGCCAAGUGUACAGGACCACAGAGCACAGACUGCAUCAGCUGUGUUUCUUCACGGGUCAUGAAUGAGGGCCUCUGCGUGGUUGAAUGUGGUAGUGGCAAAUUUCCGUCUGGAGGGCGCUGUCACUUGUGUGACCACACUUGUGCCACCUGUGUGGAUGCAGGAAGAGCCAGCUGCACCAGCUGCGACACAGAUAAGUUUGGAAUGGAGCGUUACCUUUAUAAAGGUCAGUGUCUGGACAUGUGUCCUGAGGCUUUCUACCACAGCAAGGACGGGAGAUGUGAGUCGUGCCCAGAGAACUGCCGGCUCUGCACCGGCCCCAACCGCUGCCACAGGUGUAACUCCUCCUACUACAGCUCUGAUGGUGCAUGUGUGAAGCUGGAGUGUGGAGAAGGGGAGGUGAAGGACCCAGAAUCUGACGACUGCAUGGCUUGUGAGGAAGGUUGCAGCAAGUGUGUACUGUAUAACCCCAAGCAUUGUCUGUCCUGCACUGAGGGCUUUUACAACUUUCAGGAAAGCUGCUACAGGAACUGUCCAGCUAAGACCUACAGCGUGGAGGAGGAGAUGACCUGUGUGCCGUGUGAUGACAACUGUGUGAGCUGUGACCAACAUGAGUGCUACUGGUGUGAGACCGACCUCUUCUUAUCAGAGGGGGCUUGUGUUUCCGAGUGUCCGGAUGGUUACUAUGGUGACGAAGACACCAACGACUGCGAGGAGUGUCACUCAGACUGUGAGACAUGUAAUGGCUUCGAGGCCAGCGACUGUCUGUCCUGUGAAGACAAGAUGGUACUGGAAAAUGGAAUGUGUGUGCCGGAAAACAAGGUCUGUCCCUUUAAGACCUUUCGCACCGAUGAUGGGGAGUGUGUGGACUGCCAUCCCUCCUGCGAGUCCUGCUCUGGAGAUGAGAGAAACCAGUGUACAACGUGUGCAAAAGGACAGUUUCUGACCACACAGCAAACAUGUGUUUCCAAGUGUCCGGUGAAUUUCUUUGCCAAUCAGAUGAGCGGUGAGUGUGAGGUCUGCUCUCCGGGCUGUUUGCAGUGUGUGGACGACCAGCGAUGCACCCGCUGUCAGAGCUCUCGGAGAACUCCAUUAUUCCUCCAGGACGGACAGUGUGUCCAACAGUGUGUCAGAGGGUAUCCUGCAGGCUCCGUGUGUCGUAACUGUGCAGCCGGCUGUGCAUCCUGUUGGAGAAACGCCACUCACUGUCUCAGCUGCGAGGAACCUUUUUUCCUACACAAGCACCAGUGUGUGGACGAGUGUCCUGCAGCCCACACUGUCCAGGACGGAGAGUGCAGGCGCUGCGCUGCGGCCUGUCAGGAGUGUGACCCCUUCGGCCAGUGUUCAGAGUGUGAGGAGUUUCACUUCCUCCAUGACGGCGUGUGUGUGGUGGGCUGUCCUGGGGGCUUCUUCGAGGACCCAGAGCGAGGAGAGUGUCUGCCCUGCCACCCUGACUGCGCCUUCUGUGACGGACCAAACGCCAACGAAUGUGACGCCUGCACCGACCCGGACUCCACCCUGCACAACGGAGCAUGUCUGAUGCCCUGCCCCCCCUACACCUACAGGGAGUCAGUGACAGGAGAAUGCCAAGACUGUGAUACAUCUUGUCUGUCCUGCCGUGGACCUCACACUUUCUCCUGCACCAGCUGCAGAGACGGUCAAACUCUGGAUGGACACAGCCGCUGUGUGCCAUCGGCUGACAAAUGUCUAUCCCACCAGUACGCAGACCAGGAUGGGGAAUGCCACCAAUGCCAUAACCACUGCCACAGGUGUUCAGGACCUGGAAAAGCCCACUGUCUGAGCUGCAACCAGGGACAUUUUCUACUCAAUGGCACAUGUGUGGAUGAGUGCACGUCAGGCUUCUACGAGGAUGUGCUGGCACAGAAAUGCGAGCCUUGCCACCCGUCCUGCGACAGCUGUGUGGGAGGGAACCGCCACGAGUGUCUCACUUGUAAAGCCCACCUAUUUCGAGAGGGCAAAGAGUGCGUGGAGAUCUGCCAGCACAGUCACUAUGGAAACACAGGCUCUGGGAUGUGUGAAAAGUGUGACCCCAGUUGUGGGGAGUGCACCGGGGGCAGGGAAGACAGCUGCCUGAGCUGCACUCCAGGACUCAUCUACAUGCGGAAGGAAAGCCGAUGCCUUCCUACGUGUCCGGAGGGAUUCUACCACGACGUGGCCCACAGGACCUGUGAGCCCUGCCACGCCAGCUGCAGGACAUGCUCAGGAAAAACGUCUCGUUCAUGUUCCACCUGCUACACUGGAUACCUGCUGUCUGAGGGAACCUGUGAGUCCAGGUGUGACAUCGGACAGUACCCCGUUGUGAAGGGUUCAAGCCACAGCUGUGAAGACUGCCACAGCUCCUGUCUGGAGUGUCGGGGUCCUGGUCGCACCAACUGUACCAUGUGUCCUGCCCAGGCCAUUUUAGAAGCUGGAGGGCGCUGUCUGCGCUGUUGUCGCCACGGGGACAGUGAGGAGGCUGGGAUACGACAGCAGCACUGUUGUAACUGCACAGAGAGUCGAGGAGAAUGUGUCCUUAGCACCAACUUGGCCUUCACCAAUGAUGAGGAAGAGGAGAUGAGGGGUAACCUGACCCUCUUCAUUAUCGCAUGCAUCUUACUGGUGCUGGGACUGGUGGCUGUCGUCUUCAUCGUCAGACACUCCCGGUCCAAAAGUGCACCCCGUGACAUGCCUCCUCGUGGCUACGAGAAGCUGGGAUCUGGUGGAGGCUUCGGUGGGAAGAGCAGCGGCAGCAACAGUAGACACGGAGGCUCUUCAAUUUACACCGGCAAUGCCAGUUCCUCCGGGGGGCGCCUUCAGGAGACUCAGAUGGUUGAUUUUGGUGAACGUCGCUCACGGAGUAAGGUGGAAGAUGAUGAUGACGAUGACGAGGACAUUGUGUACAUGGGCAAGGAUGGAACCGUGUACAGGAAGUUCCGGUACGGACAACUGGAGGAUAACGAGGACGACCUGGAGUAUGACGAUGAAGGCUACAAUUUUAGUUCAGGCAAAGACAUUUUUAAAUAAGUAUCUUCUUCACCUCUUUCUGUUCUGGGCUCUGUUUUAUUGUUGUUAAUCGCUGUGUCUGUUGUGUAUGUGCUGCGUGGAGAAACAGACCUCAUUAUCUUUUGGUAAUAUGAGACAUGAGGAAUUAUUUCUAUUAAGUUUUAUUUACAACUGCAGAAAAUUCCACAUCAUUAAAUAUUCUUUAGUACAGUGGAACCUCGGUUAUCGAACACUUCCCUUUUCGGUUCACAAAACAAAACCAUUACUUGGUGGCCGAACAAGAGACUAUAACGCGCAAGCAGCAUGUGGUCACUAAGCGACUGAGUGUGUGGCGUCAGUCCGUGGAUAUACACGCUAAGAACUUUUUGUCUGAAUUUGCCAGUAUUUCUUGUGUUGUGCUAUUUCUUCUAUUUUUUUUUAUUCUUAAAUCACCAUGGGAAAGAAAAAUAGUGAGAACAACAAUAGAAGUGAAGAAAGAUUAUACGAAAGCACGAGAAUGGCGUAUGUGUCGUCGAUUUGUACCAUCAUUAAGACGAAGAAAGCAGUAAAAGAAGCAAACGUUGCCAAAGGAGUGACUGUGAUCACAAAGAUUCUCAGACAUUAUAAGAAGUGGUAAAGUUGUUACUGAUUUGGAUCAACGAAAAGCAGUUGGCCGGUGGCAGUAUCGGAGAACAUAAUUCUAUGGGAAAAAAUGGUUUUAGUUUCAGUUCAGAAAACCAAGGCUCCACUGUACUUCGAAAUAAUGAACGUUUAUUACAUUUGAAAUGUUAAAAAUCUCUUUAUUCAAAUUCUUUAACAAUGCGUUUCCUGGUAAUCCCUUUAAUUUAUAAAAGUGUAAUGCUAUAUUUCAUCCUUUUUUCAUCACUUAACUGUGUUUGCUGUUAAUUAAUUCAGAUUAAAUCAGAGUGUAAAAAAAAUCUGGACAAUGGCUCAUGUCAUUUCUGGUCAGAUGUUGAAAAAUGAUGAAAUGAUGAAAAUUUUGCAUUUUAAUAAAUAACAUUUUUUUUUAUUUAUUCUUUUUUGAAUUUUCUAGCCAAAAUCUCAAGUUUGCAUUUACAGUUUACAUUUUUGGAAAAAAAUUAUCUUUUCUGCAUGUUUCCCUUCAAAUAAGCAUUUUGAAAAAUGUUUAGAAACCUUUUUGUAAUAUUUCGAAAAAACCUUAGUUUUUGGUCAGGUGAUGGAAAAU